CCACCAUUUUUUGAGUUUUCAAUAGAUCUUUGCCUGUUCGUUUUACCUUUUCGGGCUUUUCUUUCGUUUAAAUUUUGUGGGUCUGUUCGAUUACUGGGUGUUUCUCAGUGAGAAGAUUCAAUUUUGGGAAAAAUAAAAUAAAGUUGAAGAAAUAUGAAAUCUGGAAAGGGUCAUCAGGAUGAGGAGGAGGAGGAGGAGGAGGACAAAGAGUUCGGUGAAAGACACUACACUCCAUCCGCCAAUAACGCCAAAGAUAAGAAGAACAGUGACAAGGCUAAUGCUAUACGGUCGAAGCACUCAGUUACAGAGCAGCGGCGGAGGAGUAAGAUCAAUGAGAGAUUUCAGAUAUUGAGAGAACUGAUACCACACAGUGACCAGAAGAGAGAUACUGCCUCAUUUUUAUUAGAGGUGAUUCAGUAUGUUCAGUUUUUACAGGAAAAGGUACAAAAGUAUGAGGUCAUAUCAACCUUGGAGUUCGGAGCCCACAAAGCUGAUGCCAUGGAGAAACAGUCAUUGGCGUGUCCAAAGUUUUGUUGGCCAGGCACAAACCGUGAGAAUGGUUCUGGUCCGGGUUCAAUAUUUCCUGGAAGAUUUGAUGAAAAUAGUGGUGCGGUCCCGUCAACUGUGGAACCUUGUCAGCAGAAUCCUAUUGAAUCUGAUCAUGUUAGGGAUACCUCCUGUAGGCCAAUAGACCUGCAGACUGAACUUCCUAUCAAAGCAAUGGGCAUGGCCGAACUGCAAGCAACCUUGCCAAUUUCCGUUGCAAAUGAUGGUGCAUUCUCCCACACGUUACACGGGCCACCUCCAAAUGCGCAGUCAACAGAAUGUCCUAGCGCUGCUGAUCCUCUGAACCCCCAAGAUGAGUUGGCAAUUCAGGGGGGGACAAUCAGCAUCUCAAGCGUUUACUCCCAAGGGUUAUUGAAUUCAUUGACCCAAGCACUUCAGAGCACAGGUGUAGAUCUGUCUCAAGCCAGCAUCUCAGUCCAGAUUAAUCUUGGAAAGCGAGCAAACAGAGGAUCCAACCCAGGGAUAUCAAUUCCUAAGGUGUGCACUGUGCAGUAUGUCAUUCAGAUAGAGGCAAUUAUUUUUACGCCAACUCCACGAUCAUUAGGGAGUCCUAUGCCUCAAACAAAUUUGUCUCUGUUUCAAUUUCUCUCACGAUCAGUUUUACAUGACUAUCAUGGUAUGGUAUUCCCAUGCCCUCCAGCAACCAAGCAGUCGGAACCUUUCAAGAUGCCUGCAACAGUGAAGACUUGGAUCAAGCUCAAAAAAGGCGCAAGAUCUGAAUAAUACGAUGGUAGCUUCAAAAAGCAUCUAGUCCAGCAUGAGUUUGUUUCAUCCUCUCGCUAAAGUAAUUAUUCAUUGUAUAUUUGUUGUUUCUUGAGUUUUUGGUUUUAAUAUAUGGUUGACGGUAUUCAUAUUCA